GCCUUGGCAGUAGCAUAGAGUGCAUUUAAUCGCCAUUCUCUCCGCUUGACGUCUACAUCAUCAUUGUCGUCCCCGACGUGUUUUGAAGAAACAGAGAAUCAGAACAGAAGAUGAACAGCAACACCGCCUUCCAGCUCUCGUCCCCUCCUCUGUCUCCCACCUCCCACAAGACCUUCAACACCGUCCGCGUCCGUCCCACCACUACCCGCCCGACCGCAUCCUCCCUCUCCCUUCUCUCCGGUCCCACUUCUCCCUUGGCCACCAAGAACCACGGUCACGGACACCGCCACGGUCACCAUGGCGAACACACUCCUGGCCCGAGCCCGCAACGUCCCGGGCUUACGAGAGCAGCUACGGCUACGGCUGACAUGAAGGCUGAGACAGAAGGGGAGAAACUGAGGAAGAUGACUGAGGUCUUGGGGGGUAGGCUUUCUGAGGUGGGUUUCACUCUUCUCCCGCAUUGCACUUGUCGCACGUCCCGCCCUACGAGAGCCAAGGGACAGCACGCCCAACGGCACACUGCGCUGUUAACGCGUCCUUAUGGCCGCUACGGCGUACUGGAUGAAAAGCGUCUCCGCAUUUCGAACGUGAAAGGCGAUUGCACCACGGGAAUAUUUCGGGCAUGGCUGACUUGGUGUGAACGUAGAUGGAGCUACUCGUCAGUUUCAAGCUACAUGAUUUGAGUUUGCGUUUGUCGGGUAAGUCGAAGC